AUGCCCGAGGGCUUGGACAUUGACUUCAAGAGCCCGCUCAACGGCGUCGUCUCGGGGUAUGCCGAGCAGGUGCUCGUGUGCACGGGGCAGGACGAUUGGGUGUCGAGGAUCGAGGAGGAGAAUAGCGGGGAUAACCUCGCGGCGGAUUUGAAGGAGUUGUUUGGCCGCGGGGGGGAGUAUAGCGAUCCCUGGCACAACAUCUCAACCCUAAACGCCUCCUUCCCAUCUUCCGUACCAAAGCGGAGCGAGCUGCAGACCACGAGCGCCUACCUCCUCCCGAGCUUCAAGUACGUGCCGUUUCUGCCACGCGUCAGCUUCGAUAGCGUCCAGGCGCUCGCAAAGGGCUACCUACUCCCUGAGAAGCUGCACAAGAUGCACGACGGGAGCCUGUCGCCGAUCCACCGGGACCGGCUGACGCGUAAAGAGGCAUACCGGUCGCUGCUGUACGGGGUCCGGGACGUGGAGGAGGUGCUGGUGUUGAUUUGCGGGCACGGCGGGCGGGAUAUGCGGUGCGGCGUCAUGGGGCCCGUGUUGAGGGACGAGUUUGAGAGGAGGUUUGAGGGGGUUGGGGUCGGUGUUUUGAGGGGGCCUGUUGUGGUUGAUGAGAGUGGUGAGGAGACUGGGAGGAUUACGGCGCCUGAGGCGUCUACUGAGAGCGAUGGUGAUGAGAGGGGGUAUCAGAAGAUGUCGGCGAGGGUUGGGUUGAUUAGCCAUAUUGGCGGUCACAAGUUUGCGGGGAACAUCAUCAUCUAUAUCCCGCCCGGGCAGCUUAUGGCUAACGGGGAGAAGCAUCCUCUGGCUGGAAAGGGGAUCUGGUAUGGUCGGGUUGAGCCGAAGCACGUUGAGGGCAUCGUCAACGAGACGGUUCUCGGGGGCCGAGUCGUUGCUGACAUGUUUCGGGGUGGUAUUGACGAGGAUAGAAAGAUCAUCAGACUCUGA